UGGUUGCCGAGAAAAUGAGGAAAAGUGAAAAAGAAGCGGGAUUCUUAUUCUCAUUCUUCGUUUUCUGAAUUAUACCCCAAUGAGGGGUUUUGUCCCAUGUUAAAAAACGUCUGUUUCUCAGCAACCAAGCAGAUUCUUACUAGUUUGAUUUUUGUCUUUCGGAUUUACCCAGUCAAGGGUUUCGGUUUUCUUCGUUCCCAAUAAUUGCACACUUUAAGAGGCAAGAUAGUGGUGUAAAAGAUGAUCCGAAUCAGUGGCAUUGCGAAAUCGAAAUCUUGCUUAGCCCAUCAAUUCAUACAAAAAUGCUUUGUAAGUCGAACUGCAAAAGGUAAAGGCAAAAUGAAAGAUGGGCAGCCAUUGAAGCGAUCGAAAAUAACAAAGAAGAAAGGCCCUGUUGAUGCUGCUGCGGCUGACCGGGGUCCCAGGAAUGAAGCCAAGGUGAAAAUGGAGCAACUGGAGAAUGCUUGCCUGACUGCUCCAACGCCAAUCCGAUAUCUGACUCCGAAACAGAAGAAGAGGGAGGAGGAGAGAGAGAAAAUGGGACUUACUAGCAAUGCAAGAAGAGUGGAGCUCGAGAUGUUGAAGAAAAAUAAGUCCAAGAAAAGUGAACUCGACUCCCCGAUGAUAAUUGGGACUCCGGGUUUGGACUUGAUAUCCCUAGGGCUGGUAGAUGCAGAGAGUAUUCCUAAAUAUGAAUUGACUGUUGAAGAUGGUCGUCGGCUAGCUAAGGAGUACAGUAGGGUUUUAAUGAGGCGGCACCGGGCUAGGCAGGCAGCAGAGAGUACAAUAUUGAGGUUGAAGAAGGAAGCCAUUGAGGCAUUGCCCGAGAAUCUGAAGGCUGCAGCAUUGGUACCAGAUUUGACUCCAUUUCCAGCAAACAGGUUUAUGGCUACUUUGACACCUCCCAUUGAAGGGUACAUCGAGAAGGUUAUGGAGGCUGCAAAGAGAAGCAUUACCAAGGAGAAGCUCAGAUGAUCAGAGAUGUGGCUAUUUUACUCUUGAGUUGUUGGGAGUGACCAUGGUGGAUGCAGAAGUUGGAAGUCCCUCAUAUUUAUGGGGUUGAGGGAAAGCAGUGAAGCAUCCAGCAGCUCUUAAAAUGCAAUGCAAUAAAUUGUUGUUUCGGGGUUCUAAAUUGGAACUGUUGAGCGUUGGUUUUUAUUUUUUUAGAUAUUUGAACUUCAACUGAACCCAUAAAUACAUGGCAAAACAUGCUUUUACUUUUUCAGGCCACA